CCUGCCCUGAUGGUUUGAUGAGGACUUCUUCAGAUUAAAGGUGCAGCAGUGCAUAAAAGAGGCUGCAGGUUUCAGCUGAAUCAGGAGAUCAUCUGGAACCAGAUUCUGUAGUUUCAGUGGAUCUCUCAGAAUGUACGGCCAGAACCAAGGGAACCAGUUCCCAGGUGGGUACCCCAACCACCCACAGCAGAUGCCAGGAGGUAACCCUGCUUUUCCUCCACCGAUGUCUAACUGCCCUCCUGUAGCUGGGCAUCCAGGACACCCGGGACAUGCUGUACAUCCUGGACAUGCACACGGACCUGGGCAUGGCCAUGGUUCUGGUCCUGGACACUGCCAAGGUCAGUGCCAUGGACAUGGACACAAAGAUAAGAAAAAACACAAGCACAAGGACAAGGAUAAGGAUAAGCACAAGGACAAGCAUGGCCACAAACAGGGCCAUAGCCACAAGAAGGGAAAGGACAGCCACGGGUCCGGCAGCAGCAGCAGCAGCAGCAGCAGCGACUCUGAUUGAAUGGAAAAUUCUCAAAUCUGGAAGAACAGUCAGUUCCUGGAGUCCUGCAUCCUCCUACAAUUUACCGAUUUUAAUCUCAGUUGUUUUGCACUUUAAAAAUACAGACGUUGUCAAUAAAGACAAAUAAUCUGGCUCCUGUCAGAAAAAGUACAAGUCAGAAUUUGUGUCACUUUUAUUAUGUGACACAAGUACUUUUCUUCAAGAAAAACCUGAUGUUAGUCAUGGUGGUUGUGAUUUUCUGAGUUGGAAAAAGUAAUUUUGGUGCAUAAUAAAUGUGAAUAAAUAUUG